AUGCCCACUGAAUCAACCACCUCCACCACCAUCAUCACCACCUUAACCACAUUCAGCACCCCCAUUGAGUCCACCACCUCCACCACGUCCUCAACCACCUCAACCACAUUGUCUGGUCCCAAUGGAUCAACCACGCCCACCUCCUCCUCCACCACCCCCACCGAGUCCACCAUGUCCACCAUCACCUCAACCACGUCAGCCACUCCCACUGAAUCGACCACAUCCACCAGCACCUCAACCACCUCAGUUGCGCCUACCGAAUUGACCACGUCCAUCACCACCUCAACCACCUCCAUCACCCCCACCGGCUCCACCACCUCCACCACCUCAGCUGCACCCACUGAGCCCACUACGUCCACCUCAACCUCAACCAUCUCAGGCGGCCCCACUGAGUCAACCACGUCCACCACCAGCACUUCAACCACCUCGUCCUCCUCCACUGCCCCCACCGAGUCCACCACCUCCACCUCAACCACCUCAACCACCUUGACCAGGCCCACUGAAUCAACCACCUCCACCACCUCCACCACCCUCACCGAGUCAGCCACAUCCACCACCAGAACCUCAACCACAUCGGCCGCUCCCACCGAAUCAACCACGCCCACCACCACCUCAACCACCUCCACCACCACCACCGAGUCCACCAUGUCCACCACCACCACCUCAACCACCUCAGUCGUGCCUACCGAAUCAACCACGUCCAUCACCACCUCAACCACCUCAACCAACCCCAUCGAGUCCACCACCACCUCAACCACCUCAACCACCUCGGCCACCCCCGCUGAGUCCGCCUCCACCUCAACCACCUCGACCUUGCCCACGGAAUCAACCGCGUCCACCACUGGGUCCACCACCUCCACCACCUCAGCUGCACCGACUGAUUCCACCAUGUCCACCACCAGCUCUUCAACCACGUCAGGUGCCCCCACCUCCUCCACCACCUCCACCACCUCAGCCGCGCCUACCCAAUCAACCAUGUCCACCACCAGCACCUCCACCACCUCAGCUGCACCCACUGAGUCCACCACAAGCACCUCAAUCACCUCCGUCUCCUCCACCACCUCCACCUCCUCCACCACCUCAGCUACAUCUACCGGAUCAACCACCUCCACCACCAGCACCUCAACCACUUCAUCCACCUCAGCCGUCCCCACCGAGUCCACCACCUCCACCACCUCCUCAACCACCUCAACCACGUCAUCCAGUCCCACUGAAUCAACCAUGCCCACCUCCUCCUCCACCACCCCCACCGAGUCCACCAUGUCCACCAUCACCUCAACCACGUCAGCCGCUCCCAUUGAAUCAACCACGUCCACCAUCACCUCAACCACCUCCAUUGCGCCUUCCGGAUUGACCACGUCCAUCACCACCUCAACCACCUCGAUCACCCCCACCACCUCCACCACCUCAGCUCCACCCACUGAGUCAACCACGUCCACCUCAACCUCAACCACCUCAGCCAGGCCCAAUGAGUCCACCGCGUCCACCACAUCCAUCACCACCUCAACCACAUUGGCCCCCACCACCGAUUCAACCAUCUCCACUUCCUCCUCAACCACCUCACCUGCCCCUACUGAAUCAACCACGUCCACCACCACCUCAACCACCUCGGCUGGGCCCUCCGAAUCAACCACGUCCAUCACCACCUCAACCACCUCAGUCGCGCAUUCCGAAUUGACCACGUCCAUCACCACCUCAACCACCUCCAUC